AUGGCGGGCGCCCGUGCUCCCGCGGUUCUACGCCGCGGAUGUGCCGGGUCCGCGGUGACGGCGGUGGGGACGGCGCACGCGGCGCGGCCCGAGUACGUCGAAGCGCUGGAGCAUAGCAGCGCGGGCAACGGGACGGUGCUGGUGACGCAGUUCGCGGUGGAGCUGCGUGGCCUGCGCGCCGCCGACGGCGAGGAGCCGCCUAGGAUACUCCACCUCAGGAGGGGCCGCUUGGACGAUGACGGCAGCGCAGGGGUAGAAAAUGAAGGGCGGUGGUGGAGGCGGCACGACGGCGGCGACGAUGACCCCGACGACCUCGUCCCCAUGGACACCCAAGAGCAAGAGGAGCUGGUCCGGUCGCUGGAGGCGAAGCAGGCGCAGCAGAGCCGCCGUUGGAGGCGCGUCUUCGCGGGGUUCCUCCUAGGUUACGCGGCCUUCCUUGUCUACUCCAGUUUCCACCAUGCUUGGUCUCCCUGGGAGCUGCGGUACCAUGCUUACUUCAUGGAAGAUUUGCCUGCACCAAUGGUCAUAAUUGCAGAUUGGAUAGCUGCUCUAGCAUGCCUAUUUGCUGUUAAAGGAUUACUACAGAAUUCAGGCCCAUCAAAGAAGUGGAUGUGGUAUUCGUGCUAUAUUGGCAUUUUGGUAGCCAUCUUUUGGACAUACUACCUAUUAAGGUUGCCAAUAAUUCGAUGGGAUGUUGCAUGGCUCCCACUCGGCCCUUUGAUGUAUGGUGGACUUGAAUUUCUUUUAAAUAUUCUUUCAGCGACUGCUCAUGAAUGA